AUGGAAUUUGCUGAUUUUACUAUAGAGUUCGGAACGGCUCGAACCGUACCAAACCGAACCAGACAGCCUACACGGUGCGUUAGGAGCGUGCAUCGGCAACAGAAGAUGAUACUGCAUGAUCGUAUACUCCCGUACUUAGAUCGUGCGAACCUAUUACAUGUUGCUCGGUUGAAUGAUUACUGGUUCAAGCUUGAUGAGCCGCUGAUCAGUGCUUUUGUGGAGAGAUGGCGUCCUGAAACACAUACCUUCCACAUGCCAUUUGGGGAGUGUACCGUAACACUACAAGAUGUGGCAUACCAGUUUGGCCUUCCAAUUGACGGUCAUGCAGUGAAUGGGUGCCUCAGUGACUUUGAGCAGUUGAUGGAGGGUGGCAAGCCUGCAUGGGUGUGGUUUGGAGAGCUAUUUGGUGAACUCCCACCGGAGGACUGCAUCGAUGACUUCACAGUUUCUUUUUCUUGGUUCCAGAACAAGUUUAGAGUUCUGCCCGCUCAUGCGUCAGAGGAGACGGUACAGAUCUAUGCACGGGGUUACAUCAUGAUGUUGUUGUCCACCGCGCUGUUCAUGGAUAAGUCUGGUGCCAGGGUACACUUACGGUGGCUCCCGUAUGUUGCAGACCUCGAUGGACUCGGCAAGUACAGCUGGGCUUCGGCCACCUUGUCUUGGUUGUACAAGUGUCUCUGUAGGGUUGCGAAUCGGAAUAUAAAGAACCUCGCUGGACCGCUGUCACUACUACUGUACAAAUCCAUCAACGUCGUCGACGGAGUAAUAAACACACCUAUCUGCUUUUUGCUAGAAAAAGUUACACCCUCACUUGUGUUUUCAUCUAUUUUUCCCCGGUGA